AUGGCGGAUCUUGACGAUUUUUUUGCCAAGAAGGAUCGCAAGAAAGCGAAAGGUAAAAAAUUCACAACCACUGAAGAAAUAGCUAAAAAGCUCGAGGAAACGGGAAAGAGAACCGUCGAGAAAAUGAAACUUAAGGAGAAACUUCCAGAUGAAGAAGAUCGAGCUCCGCCACAAAUUGAGGAAGAAGACGAAUGGCGAGAGUUUCAGGAAGAGAAGAAAGACUACUCAGGUCUGAAAAUUGGAAAUCUAACGGUCAGUGACAAUCAUGAUCAGGACAGUAAUGAUGAAAGAGGCAUGGGUGAGAAUAGCUCAGAUGGUGAGAGUGGAGAAACGAGUUCUAAAGUAGCUGGACCUUGGAACAAGGCCGAUGCGCCAGCUAAGGCCGCGGAUUCAGGAGAAGUAAUACCUGCUCCAGCAGCACCAGUAGCCAGCGCGCCCGCUGCAGUAAAAUACAAAACUCCACAUUUGAGACACCAAACAACAUCAUCACCUAGCACACGCUCGAGUAGAAUGAAAAAUAUUGCUCCUGAUAUUCGCAGUGAAGAGUAUUUUCCAACUCUGAGUGCUAAGCAACCAACUGCUCCUGAAACUGGUGUCUGGGGAAGACGAAAGCGAGACGAAGGGUCUUUUGAGGAAGUCCGUAAUCGAGGUGGUACCAGAUCCUAUGCUACUCCAGAAGCUCAAAGUCAAGCACCAAAGCUUUCAUUGGACAACAAAUAUGGAGCACUAUCACAGGAUCAGAGCUGAAACUAUAGAAAUUUGUAUGAUCAAAUUAUCAUCUUGGAUUCCUCCUUACUUCGCACCGUUUCGUAGCCCAGUCAAUAAACAAGAAACAAUGAAAUAAAUAAAAAAUAAAAAGGUCGCUUAAUAAAUGAGAUCAUUUUCUCUUUGAACUGAGAAAACGAAUAUGCUCGGAACUGGGGAAUAUAAAAAAAUUUGGUGGACAAGAACCUGAUUUUAUCCAAUUCAUGACAUGUAACUAUUGAAAGCUGACUUGUAAACAGUGAAAGAUGUUUUUAACUCAACUGCAUGAGAUAAAAACUUAUUGAAUGAAGAAAAACUGAUGUGUCACUAAUUAUAAUUAAGCAUGUAUGGUAUAGCAAAAAUAACUGGUAUGUUAUCGAGGCUGGGCUUCGGGGCAACAGUGCAUUCAAAGUAGGUGCGAUUAUUGGUAACAUAAUGAGAAAAUCAUGAUAUAUCAAUCAGGGCAAUGUUCAUACAUUUAUUAAAUAUCUAGGAGGGAUAUCAUCACACACUAUAAUGAAGCUAAUAUUAAGAGCGAGAGAACCUUUGCGUCUAUUCUUUUUCUACUUUAUGUUCAUUUGUUUUCUUGUUCGUAAUAAAUUCAAGAGAUGUUGGUAAAUUAG